UUUUUAUUUUGUUCUAUUUUGAAUUGCGUGACACUGAAAACCAGCAAGUUGAUGUCAAUCAUCAUUCACUACCCAGAGUGUCAAGGAUUUGCUCAUAGAGCACUUUGAUUUGCUCAGUGAUCUAUCAGGCAUAUGUCACGGGACUUCCUUGUGGCCUCCGUCACGUGCUUUUACCGUCCGGUAAACUCCUGGGAAUGAAACGCCUGGUUGAUUUUGUUCACAACAUGGCGACGUUCGCUGCCGUCUUUUCCUUGUUUGUUAUUGCAGUUGUUUCUCUGCUAGGUUUGAUAUUCUCGGCAAUUUCACUUUACUUAGCCUACCUCCACAGGAAGUACAGUCAUCUACCCGGUCCAAAGAGAGACAGCUUUUUCUUAGGUAACAUCCCUCACAUUUUGCGUGAAAGGGAGCGAGGAAAGAUUAUCCACGAGAUAAUGCACGACAUGCACCGUAUUUACGGUCCUGUAGUCCUAAUGUGGGCGUACCAUAGGCCGUUCAUCUUUGUAUCUGAUCCUGAACUCGUACGAAAGUGUUUGAUCACUCUUAAUUUGCCUAAAAAUCUUGCCGUCUACGAUCACCUGGGCUAUCCGUUUGGACAACGCAUGGCAGGGCGCGGUGUGUUGAACGAGGUCGACCACGAAGUUUGGCAGAGGCGAAGAGCACUCCUUAAUCCGGCAUUUCAUCGCCGCUACUUAAUGAACCUGAUGCCUGCGUUUAACGGCAGCUGUGACUUGUUCCUGGCCAAGUUGGAUAAAAUGGCUGAUGGCAAAACCGUUGUUGAUAUGGCCCAAGAGUUUGCUAGAGUUACACUUGAUGUUAUUGGAAAGGUUGCAUUUGAUGUUGAUAUUGAUACAAUCAGAGAUGAUAACAGUCCAUUUCCAUCAUCAAUUUCCAAAUGUCUACAAGGUAUCCAAGAAAGCCUACGUAGGCCGUUUUGGAGAAUCUCAGUGUCAACAUUUCCAUUCCAAAGAAGCGUGAUUAAAGCUUGCCAGUUUAUACGCAACUUUGCAAGAAAGGUGAUCCUGGAACGGCAGGAAGCGGUGUUGCGAGGAGAAAACACUCCUCCUGAUAUUCUUGCUCAUAUCUUAAGUGUUGCUGAAAAAGAACCAAGUAUUACAGUUGAAGAUCUGAUAGAUGAUUUUACCACCUUCUUUGUUGCCGGUCAAGAGACCACAUCAAACCAGUUGUCUUUCACCCUUUAUGAAAUACUGAAACACCCUGAUAUUGAAAACAGAAUUAUUCAAGAAAUUGAAGCUGUGCUAGGUUGCCGUCAAUUUGCAGAAUACAUGGACCUAGGAAACCUUCAAUUCCUUGGACAGACGCUGAAGGAAAGUUUGAGACUUCACCCUCCAGUAUCAGGCACGACACGGAUUACCACCAAAGACGAAAACAUUGGAGGUCACCUCCUCCCCCGGGGAACCUCUGUAAAUAUUAGCGCUUUUAUAAUGCACCGAUAUUCUGAAGCAUGGCAGGAACCAGAUAAGUUUGACCCUGAUCGAUUUUCGCCUGCAGCAAAAGGAGAGAUUCCACACUCUGUUUUCUUUCCGUUUUCACUUGGCCCAAGGACCUGUAUUGGGCAAACAUUUGCUCAGAUUGAGGCUCGAGUGUUUAUGGCAAGAUUGCUGCAGGAGUUUGAAUUGAGCCUGUGUCCAGGUCAAGACAAGAUGGAACAUGAAGAGCGGCUGACUUUGAGGCCUAAAGGGGGUGUAUUGUGUACCCUUAGAAGAAGAAAUGAAAGCUAGAGAAAGAUAAAGGGUUUGAACAAAAUAUUUUGAUAGUGCAGUCAGGGGAACAAAGACCAUUUGAGAGGCUUUCUGGAGUAAUAAUGGUAUGAAAUACUCGCUGUUGAUCACAGUAGUUUGAUUGGAUAAUGAGAACUGAAAACGGUUCAAGCGCUCCAAGAAAGGCUUACCAAAACAUGGCUCUUGCUCUCGUAGUCAUAGCAAAAUAUCAACAAUUUUUAUUUUUUCACAGUACACUUGCACUACUCAUUUGUACCGUUCCGCUUUUGAUUAUGAAGCAGCAUUGAUAAGGACUGGUAGUUCAGUAUGUUUUCUAAAUCGGCUGAGUACAAAUGCAUGUAGUGCAAAGCUGAUUUGAAUUACAAACUUGGUUACACAGCUUAACUUGAAAUUCCCAAGGACUGAUUGACCAUAUUCCGAUGAAUGAUCUAAGACGAGCGAGAGGUGGAAAAUAAGACGAAUUUCUUGUAGACUAAUAAAAGGAAUCUAACAAUAACUAUUGCAAUCUUUAUUUCUCUCCACAACGGAUUAAAAAGACAAAGCAGAAAAACAGCUUCAGAACUGUAAUAGUACGCUCGUUGAACCGCUUUGAAUUCAAGUAUAGAAUUGCAACUGCGUAAUUAAUACGACAGCUGUGAUGAGAUAAAUGGUAAUCUUAUGCCUCGAUUAGUUUUUAAACGGCGCAGAUACUAAGAAUUGAUCGAUCAGACUCAUAACUUAAUUUACGACAAAUUAGCUGAAAGACUCAAGUAGAAAUAUAAAAAUGUUCCUAUAAUUAACAUCGAGAACGAAGCAGGGGGGCUACAAGCCCAUUUUUAUUUUUUUAUUAUUUUUUUUUUUUAUUGGGAUAAUGUUAAAACAAGGGAAGAUGUGAAGAAAUAAUGGAUUUACCGAGAGAAAUGGCGGUUCCAAGAUGGCGGACGUUUACAGUGCAGUGUAUGACGUCAUUUAUGUUGCUAAGGAAAACCAAAGUGUUGGUGGACAUUGCUUGUUAAGUUACGGGGUGGAGGCCUUUACCCCCACCCCUACCCCCCAACCUCCAACCCCCUCUCGGUUUUCUGCUUUCCUCUCCCCAGUUUGAUUAGGGUGUACUUUUUUUUUUAAUCUGAAGUCCAUUUUGAAAGAAAUGGCUUUUGAAAAACUAAUGUUUUUGAAAUAUAAAAUACGUAGACUAGUUAGGUAAAAUUGAUUCAAUCAUUCUCAAGUGGGAUUUAAAAAAAAGGGGGCCUUCAAUAAGUCUUAUUAGUUUUAUGAGUGAAGGGUGCUGAAUGUUAUUUAUUUAGUAAUAUAAAGAGUGUUAAUUAAGAAAAAGAUGAUUAAAUAGAACUAGAAAACUACAGUAAAA